AUGUACACAAAUGCAUCUGCUUCAGUUUUAUUAACAUUGGAAACACUGGGUUUACCUAAUAGAUACAUCUACCCAGCAUUUUUGUUUGGGACUUUAACAUAUCUGUUUCUUAUGUUUUGCAACUUGUUGGUAUUAACAACUAUUGCUUGUAGUGCAAAGCUGCACAGGCCCAUGUUUAUUCUGCUGUUCAACUUGCCCAUCAGUGACAUGUUGGGUGCUACAGCUCUUUUCCCUCAGCUUGUUUACAGCAUUGUGACACAAAACAGACGGAUCUCCUUUCCUGCAUGUGUUAUUCAGGCUUUACUGGCUCACAUUUAUGGUGGAGGAAACGUGCUGACCUUGACUGCCAUGGCAUAUGACAGAUACAUUGCUACUAUAUGUCGUCCUUUAAAGUAUAAUGUUAUCAUGAAUCUACAUAACUUAGUUAAAAUAAUUGUUUCAAUUUGGUCGAUCAAUAUUUCACUAAUAGUUGUACAGCUUUCAUUACUUGCACGGCUUAAAAUUUGCAGGACAAAUGUAGUAGAUUUGUACUGUAACAAUCCAUCAAUUGUGAAACUGACCUGUGACGACACCAGAGUGAACAACUACUACGGGCUGUUCACUAUAUUCAUAUGUCAAGCUGGACCUCUGUCAGUGAUACUGUACACAUAUGCACAGAUUUUGCGUACAUGUGUUAUGACUAACCAGCGUGAUGCCCGAAAAAAAGCCAUUCAGACAUGUGGCACACAUUUAGUCAUUUACUUAGUUCUAGAAUUCAGUGCUUGUAUUACACUAACUGCUCAUCGCAUCAAAAUUGUGUCCCCUUAUAUAAGAAGAGCUCUCGGUGUUACAAUUUUAGUAUUCCCCCCUAUUUUGGACCCUAUUAUAUAUGGACUGAAAACCAAAGAACUCAAGACUGGUAUAAAAAUGUUCUUCAAAAUAAAUGUGGGUUCGUAA